AUGCCCUUCGCCCUAAGUGUCAUGCUGACUGGUGGGUAUGACCUCUCGUCGGUACCCCUCCCAGAGGAGAAGCCUUUCUGGGCCGACAUCUUGCUUGCCUUCAGACGGCUGGAAAGCAGUGAGCUGGCCGCCUUCGAUCCAAGCGGUACAUCCGUCGAUGGCUAUGGAUUCACCACAAUUGUGACGGAGGGGCGACUUUACCUGGUCUGGUUGAUGAAGCAGAUUGAGCAGCUGGGCGGCAGGCACGAGCGCCGUCAUGUCAGCAGCUUGGAUGAGCUGGCCGAUUACGAUGCCGUGGUCAAUUGCACAGGCUUGAUGGCCCCAAAGCUGGUGGACGGCGAGGAGAUGUACCCCAUCCGGGGCCAUGUCAUCCGAGUGCGGGCCCCCUGGGUCCGGCAGUACACGAACAAGGACAAGGACAUCUACAUCAUCCCCAACACCGACACGGUGGUCCUAGGAGGCACGAUCCAGAAGGGGGACUGGGACACUGUCCCACGGCCCGAGGAGCGCGCCAGGAUCCUUGAGCGGUGCUACUCCAUCCUGCCCAGCCUCAGGCGGGCGCCCAUCGUGCGCGAGUGGGCGGCGCUCCAGCUCUGA